UCUGCCCGCGCCGGCCAUGGCAGCUACCGCCGCCAACCCGGAAAUGGCAUCAGAUGUUUCCUCGCUGGGCGCAGCCGUCAGCUCCGGGAACCCUGGGCCGGGUGCGCAAGCUGGAGGAGCCAUCGUGCAGAGAGCCAACAAGAGGCGUCCUGGGCUUGAUUUUGAUGAUGAUGGAGAAGGGAACAGUAAAUUCCUCAGAUGUGAUGAUGACCCGAUGCCGAAUGAUAAGGAGAGAUUUGCCAGGUCUGAUGAUGAACAGAGUUCAGCGGAUAAGGAGAGACUUGCCAGGGAAAAUCACAGCGAGAUUGAACGUAGGCGAAGGAACAAGAUGACUGCCUACAUCACAGAGCUGUCAGAUAUGGUGCCCACCUGCAGUGCCCUGGCCCGCAAACCAGACAAGCUCACCAUCUUGCGCAUGGCUGUCUCUCACAUGAAGUCUCUGCGUGGCACAGGCAAUACCUCCACUGACGGCACCUACAAACCUUCCUUUCUCACUGACCAGGAACUCAAACACCUGAUCCUAGAGGCAGCCGACGGCUUUCUGUUCAUAGUGUCCUGUGAGACCGGGAGGGUGGUGUAUGUCUCAGAUUCUGUGACUCCUGUCCUGAACCAGCCCCAGUCCGAAUGGUUUGGCAGCACCCUGUAUGACCAGGUGCACCCGGAUGACGUGGGCAAGCUGAGGGAGCAGCUCUCCACGUCGGAGAACGCGCUGACAGAAGGAACCAAACCCUGGUGCCUUUCUAACAAGGAUCCUGCAGCCCCCCCUGAGAAUGCAUCUAAAGGUCGCAUCCUAGAUUUGAAGACGGGGACUGUCAAGAAGGAAGGCCAGCAGUCCAUGAGGAUGUGUAUGGGUUCACGAAGAUCUUUCAUCUGCCGAAUGAGGUGUGGCAACAGCUCAGUGGAUCCAGUCUCUGUAAAUCGACUCAGCUUUAUGAGGAAUCGCUGCAGGAAUGGCUUAGGUGCAGCAAAAGAUGGCGAACCUCACUACGUUGUGGUGCACUGCACGGGUUACAUAAAAGCCUGGCCCCCCGCAGGUGUUUCACUGCCUGAUGACGACCCGGACGCUGGCCAGGGCAGCAAGUUUUGCCUUGUGGCUAUAGGCAGGCUCCAGGUCACUAGCUCACCCAACUGCACAGACAUGAACAAUGUUUGUCAGCCGACAGAGUUCAUCUCCCGACACAACACCGAAGGCAUUUUCACCUUCAUAGAUCACCGCUGCGUGGCUACAGUUGGCUACCAGCCACAGGAACUUCUGGGGAAAGACAUUGUGGAUUUCUGCCACCCAGAAGACCAACAGCUUUUGCGGGACAGCUUUCAGCAGGUGGUGAAGUUAAAAGGCCAGGUUCUGUCAGUCAUGUUCCGAUUCCGAUCCAAAAACCGGGAAUGGCUCUGGAUGAGAACCAGCUCCUUUACCUUCCAGAACCCCUACUCGGAUGAAAUUGAGUACAUCAUCUGUACCAACACCAACGUCAAGAACUCGAGCCAGGAGUCUCGGCCUGCCCUGUCAAACUCAAUGCAGAGGCCCCAGCUGGGGCAGAGUGUCAACCUUCCCCUGGAGAUGGGCACGGCACAGCUGCCCUCAAGGCAGCAGCAGCAGCCAGCACAACAGACAGAGCUGGAAGUGGUCCCAGGAAGAGAGAGCCUGUCUGGUUACGACCACUCACAGGUUCCCGUUCAGCCUGUGACCGCUGCCGGCCCAGAGCACAGCAAGCCCUUGGAGAAGGCAGAGAGCCUUUUUAAUCAGGAGCGGGACCCAAGGUUCAGUGAAAUCUACAGCAGUAUCAAUACAGACCAGAACAAAGCCAUUCCUGCCAGCACAGUGCCUGCCAACCAGCCCCUCUUUACGCAGGGAAACACUUUCACCCCGUCACGACCUGCUGAGAACUUCAGGAGCAGCAGCAUGGUACCUCCUGUGAACAUUAUUCAGCAGCAGCCCUCAUCAGCAGGCCGGAUCUUAGCACAGAUUUCACGCCACUCCAACCCAGCACAGGUCAGCGGAACCAACUGGGCUCCAGGGACACGGCCAGCGUUCACACCCCAGCAAGUGGCAUCCCAGACGGUGAAGACUCGGCCUCCUUCCUUCAGCAUGGGGACUUUCCAAGGCACCCCAUCCUCCUUCAGCCCCAUGACAGCACCUGGCUCUACGGCUUCUCCUACGGGGUCUGCUUACCCGAACCUUGCCAGCCGUGGCACGGGCUUCACCACGGAGGCAGCGCAGACCCCCGCCCCGUUCCAGACACGAGCAGCCGAAGGUGUGGGGAUGUGGCCGCAGUGGCAAGGACAGCACCACGGCCCAGCGUCCGGGGAGCAGCACGUGCAGCAGCCGCAGCCAAGCCAGCCUGAGGUCUUCUCAGACAUGCUGACAAUGCUGGGAGACCAAGGACCCAACUACAACAAUGAAGAGUUCCCAGAGUUGAAUAUAUUCCCUUCUUUUUCAGAAUAAAAUAAGCCCUAGGGGAAGCAAAUUAUAGCUAUAUAUAAUAUCCAUGUGUAAAGGAAAACACCUAAGUCUUUUUUUCAAAGACUGCUGAACUUUCUAAACACUUCCCACCUUCCGGAGGCAAAACUCUGCCCGACAGCCUGGCAGACGGGUGGCCGUGCAGGAGGAGGUGGUUGUGGUUUUGGGCAGCUCCUCCGCACGGUGCUGGCAGCGGGGGACUCUUCGCCUGGAGGCUUCAGGACGCGAAUGCUGCGAGAGCAGCUGCACUCCCUGACCGAAGGCCCCGCGUUCCUGGAGCCGCUCGCGAGUGGUUUUCGUUCUGCACGCUGGGUUGGCCGGAGGGAUUCCUGUCUGGAUUCCAGACAGCCCCUCCAAACUCAUAAGGUGGCUUUUACUGUUUUUAUUUCAAUCUUCUAUACCGUGACUCUUUUUCUAUAAAACACAAAGUAUUGUAACUUUUUAAAUAUUGGAAGAAACUCUUCCAAGCGUUAACCCUGUAUAACGCAGUUCUGGAGGAUGCUUGCCUGAGAAUCCUUGGCACAAGCCGGCUUUCUGGUUGGAGGAAGCUUGGCUGUCUUUGGAGGGUUGUUAAAGCGUCUCCAGUCUGGGGUGCUUUAUUUUGAGACUCCCACGUUGGCAGGCACGUUGGUGUUUGUUUGGAUGCCGUCUCUCUUCUGUGAACUGUGCAAUGAAUAUGGGCCUCUGUAGUCAGCGUGACCUCUAAACUCCCUCGGGGCCCAGUCAUUCGUGUGAAUGACGGGAUAGUUACGAGCCAUAAAAAUAUUAUCUAUGUAGCUUUGUUCUCGAUGCAUCAGUUCUGCAGCUGAUGGUUUCUGUGCCGCCAUGAACCAAUGUUUCAACAGGCUUUUUGUCAGCUUAUGGGGGGGGAACUGCUCUGCACUAUCCACGCAAUUUUACCACAUCUAGAUUGAGUUCCUCCGCUUCGUUUUGGAGCUGGACACCGGGUUUCCCGCACGGAGAGGCCCUGGAUUUGUGUAGGGGCUUGCGGAGGAGUUGCGUUUUCACUACAUGCUCUGAAUUGGCAGUAUUUGCUUCUACACUCACCGUCUCCUUAAAGAAAAAUUCAUGCCAUCUGAUGGCCCUGUUGCCAAAUCACAAAAUGGAGGAGAGCAGGGGAAGAUAGGGAACAGAAUUAUUUUUUUUUAUAGAUACAAUUUUUUUUUUUUUAGAUUUUAAACCUUGACUUUGACUCUUCUGGCUUCUUCAGGGGAAAAAAAACUUGUGGCAAAUCUUGCUCUCCUCAGGGUCUGUAGGGGCUGGAAGAACAGUUUGAUUCCCCCUGCGAUGGCAAGCCUUGCUUCAAUUUCAACAGGAAAAUUUGUUCAUUGCAGAGUUUGACUUGGAAGGAAACUUGGCACAGCUGCAGCGGGGGAAGAAUACGAAGCUUUCCUGGAAGCCUGGUUUUUGUUUUGGAUGAAAUCUGGGCAUUUCUCCCUCCUCCUUGCGUGCUCUGGGGCUGCUUGAGACCCCCGGGAUGGCCGUGACCGUCCUCUCUGCUGGUGAGGGGCGAGGAGGGGAUGUGGUGUUUGGACUGACAGGUCUUGGUGCUGCGAUGAUGGGGGCGACCCUCCAAAGAGCAGAUUCCGGAGACGUACCUAGUGGAUAACAUCCAUGUGGGGAAGGCUUUGAAACGUUUGUGUUACUGGCUAACGAGUUUCAGUACUUGCGGAGGCCCAGAGAGCUUUCUCUUGGCAGUGGAGCAGAAAGCGUCCUUUUUUUUUUUUCCUCUCCUGCUUUUGUUGCAAAACUAAGAUUUGAAGUUUUUUUUGUCUCACUUCAAACACCACUUCCAAAUUUAUCUAUGGGAAGGUGGGAACCUCCCCUUAGGGAGUUUGGAAAUGUCCCGUGAUCCCCCUUUUACCUGGGGAAACAGUUACCAGCAAUAACCACGAUGGGCCCCUCUUUGUCCGCAGCAGCCCGUCGCAUCCCGUGCCGUCCCCGUUGCCAGGCCGUGGCGUUUCCUCAGGCUUAGAGGAGAUGUGUGUUGUAAAGUAGCAAGGUGUUACCCAUCCCAGGUAUUCGUACUCAGGCUUGCGACGCCUGCUUGCGGGGCCAAGGGGGCACGUGAAGGACCAGCGCUGAGCUGCACCGUCCUCCAGCAUCGGAGCCGCGCUGACCCGACCGGACGGAGGAUGGAGCAGCGCUCAGCUGCUGAAGGAGGAGGACAACUCCCAUUUCCACAGAGAUCAAGCCCUGGGGAACUCGACCCCUGUGAAGCUACAGCUCUGCUGCUUUCUGGAGAGAGGUCCUUCAGCUGUUGAGCUCCGUCCCAGGGCAGCAGUGGGAGCUGGACUUGCCCAUGGUGCUUCAAAACGCUCCCCCCACCCCGAGCGCACCAGGACCUGGGGGCCGCGUGGACAAGAAGCAACGCCUUCCGUCUCUGCGUGUCCCCGGGCCCAGAGCCCGUCUCUCCCUGAGCCGUCACGGGUGACGCUGCUGUAGCCCCCUGAUUUCAGGUCCUGCGUGGAUGAUGCUGGGGAAAUGAAACCACCUGGAGCAGCCGGCAAAUGCCGAACCUGUUGGGAAACACUGACCUGCCUUUGGCGCUGGCAGCAGCGAGGACGAGGACUGGUGAGGGGCUGGCGGGGUCUUGGCAUCUGCCACCCCCCCACCACGGGGUCCCCAGGCCUGUCCUCUGGGCUAGCGGAGGGGCUGAUGUGAGGUGCCACUGCAGAGCGGUGGGGGACGUGGGACAGCCCCAGGGCAGAGACGUGUUCCCUUCACCUUCCCUCUUGAUAAUUGUACUAUUUUUCAAUGUGAGGGGGGGUUAUUUUAUUGUACAAUCGCUUGGGGGGGCGGGCAGGAGCCACACCUCCUCCUCCAGGGGCAUUGUUUUGGGCCCAGGGCUCCCUCUUGUUGCAGGAAUUGCAGAUAAAUCUAUGUAGCAGAGAUUUUACAACAAGGUAUUUUCC